AUGAAUAAAGAUAAGGUUACGUCUGAGAAAAAAAAUAAUAUGGUUGCUGAGGAAAUUGUUGGUGAUAUCUGUGCAAGCGGCAUGAAAUUUUACAAAGUUAAGUGGCGAAAAUCAUCUAAAUCAAGAGUUUCAUUGGCAACUAAAGAAGAAAUUCCUCCAUCAUUGAUUAGAAGUUAUAACAAAAAUUUGACCAAGAAGCCUUCUUUCUCUCAGACCAAUGUUGAAUAUGAUAAUAAUAAUGAUGGAAACGACGAUGAUAGCGGCCUUCCGAAAAUUAUUGCAUUAUUGCAAACAAGUGGAAAUAAAGAACAAAUUAAAUUUAGAAUGUUGUUUGAUGAUGGUUCUAAAAAAUGGUUGUCACCAGAAGAUGCCAAGAAAUAUUCUUUUGCAGAAGACAAACCUAUACAAAGUACUGAAGAAACUAAAAAAGACAAUUUAAAUGUUGAAAGCUCAAAAAUUGAGACUCUAAAAUUACGAAGAAGUGUUUCAGUAAUUAAUUCUACAAAAAUAAAGGAUAAAAAAGAGACUGUUGUACAUGGUACAAAACGCAGAUAUUUACAAAAGGAUGAAAGAUCUGAUACCACCUUAAAACGUCUCCGAGGAGGAAAAUCUGUUGAAAUGUCUUCUGUUCCUAUACCCGAAGUCAAAAGAAAUAUCCGAGCAAAAUCAUGCGCUGCUCCCCCUAUACCACCAGUUGGUCCAACUGUAGUAACCAGAGCCUCGCUUAAAAGAAUUAGUCACUUAAACUAA